AUGGAGUCAGGCUUCUCACAGGCCUUCCAGGAAGAGCUCAUCUGCCCCAUCUGCUUGGGCUGCCUAACAGACCCAAUCACCAUAGCCUGUGGCCACAGCUUCUGUCAGGCCUGCCUCUGCCUUUCCUGGGAAGAUCUCCAAGUUCCUGUCCACUGUCCCACGUGUAGGCAUCCAUCCCAUCAGAAGGACUUCAGAACCAACGUUGUUCUGAAGAAGCUGGUGCACAUUGCCAGACAGGACAGCCUCAUGAAGUACCUGAGCUCUGAGGAGCACAAGUGUGUGACCCACAAGGAGGCAAAGAGGAUCUUCUGUGAGGAGAACAGGGUCCUCCUCUGUCAACUGUGCUCUGACUCCCAGGAGCACAAGGGUCACAGACACUGUCCCACUGAAGCAGCUGCUGAGGGGCAAAUGGACUACGUGUCUCUUCAGAAAGAAAUGAUCAGGAUGGAGUAUAGGAAAGUACAUCCAAUCCUCUAUGAAGAAGAAAAGAAACAUAUAGAGUGUAUGGAAAAUGAAGGCCAACCUCUUUUAGAGAAACUCUGGGAAAGCAAAGCCUCCAUGGUCCAAAAAAUGAAUCAACUAAUAGAAAUGUAUCGGGAGCUGAUGACAAUGUCCCAGCAGCCAUAUGUGGUGCUGCUCCAGGACAUGGAAGACGUGUUCAGAAGGAGUGAAUCAGUGCAGCUGUGCAUGCCCCAGGUGAUGAAACCAGAGCUCAUUGCCCUGCCCAUCAUUGGACUGAUUGAGAGGUGCAAGUUCUUCCAAGGCAAUCUCCAGGUACCUCUCUCACCUAAGAAGUGUAAACAGUCAUUUCAACUAAAUUGUUGCCUCUUGCCUCUUCCUACAGUGAACAUAUUCUUUGGAAAUGCAAUCUUACUCCAUGACAAGAUGAACCUAUUUAAGUUCAUGAGAAGAUUCAGCUUUAGCCCUCACUAUCAGGAGACAUCUGUGGAAUCGGCUGGACACUAUUUUGCUUCCUGUGGAUCACAGAGCUUCUUCUCUAGGAGAAGGAAAUAUUUCUCUAGGAAAUAUUACUGGGAGAUGGAUUUAAUGGACUCUCAAGACUGGGCUAUCGGAGUGUGUGCGGGUGACUAUUUAACAAAUGCUAGGCAGAAGACUGAACCUGAGGGUGUAUUUCUCCUUGUGUGUGUGAAACAUGGUAAUCAGUACAGUCUCCUCACCACCUGUCCAGUAAUUCAUCACUAUAUAGAGAAGCCAGUGGGCCGGGUUGGUGUGUUCCUUGAUUGUGAGGGUGGAUACGUAAGUUUCAUGGAUGUAGCCAAGAGUUCCCUCAUAUACAGUUACCCUCCUGGCACUUUCAAUUACCCUGCCAGGCCUUUCUUCUCUUUUGAUGGCACAUUUUGA